AUGACACGACCCCACAUUAUACGUGCAGAUACAAUCGACCUGCAAGAUCAGGAUGCACCUUCCGCCAAAGAUCACACUCGCCAACCAGCUCGGCCAAGUCAUCUAGGCGACGGCCCUCCAGCCCCUCACCAAGCAGAAGCUCUCAAGCAUGUCGAGCUCGAGAUCAAUGAACAGCACGGUCGAAGCCCCCGAGCUUCCACAGAUUUGUCUGGGAAAGAAUUGCAAUUGCUUCAUGACGAAUCAGAGGCAAAUGGAUAUCAAGAUCCUAGUGAGAACUUGCUACGGAACUCGGCGCAACACGCAGCCCAGGAUGAGGUUGAAGAAGAAGGGGAUGAUGGACUGGACGAUGAUAUGAACGAUAAGAUAUCCAGCUCUCCUUCGAUAGGCGAUGAUGGUGGGUUUCCCGCUCCCAAGCUCCCCUGGCCCACUCGCACAAGUCUUGUGUACCACCCUGUAAAGAAGGCAGCCCACCCGCCUGGUCCCCCAAUGGAAUAUUCCUCCUCCCCUUAUGAGGAAACCCCUGAGCAUUUUCCUUUUGCGUCUUUUCGCCAGUAUCGGCAGUUUUCUCCGUCCAAGGUUCAUCAUCAGGAGGGUGAGUAUGUUCCGGAUCGGCUCUCGAACUCUCUCGUGGACGAAAUCGAAAUCGAAACUGACCGGCGCAACUCAUUCAACGAAUCCAAUUCGAGGACUCGGAGUAGCUACAUCAACCACUAUCUUAUUGAUCUAGAUGAAGACGUGGACGAUAAUCUAGAUCUGGAGGACUUUCACCAUAUGCUGCUGCCAGAAAUGGACCCUCUAUUGGAUGAUGGCUCUAACGAUCUGCUGCGGAAGCAAAAUCUACACAAUAGACGAGGCUCCCCUACAAGCUCCUCAUCAGUAUCCGUUGCCUCAUGGUACUCGGAUACUACUACCCGGCCACCUGAUGAUGAUACCAAAGACAUUUUCAUUGAUCUUAAUUCACGCUUCAUUGAUUCGGGAUGGGGUGGAGAGUGCUUACGAGAAAUAGAGGACAUCGAUUUCGAAUUUGUUUACGCUCUGCAUACGUUCGUCGCUACUGUCGAAGGCCAGGCCAAUGCUACGAAGGGAGAUAAUAUGGUCUUGCUAGACGACAGCAACAGCUAUUGGUGGCUAGUACGAGUCAUCAAGGACAACAGUAUUGGCUAUCUCCCUGCAGAACACAUCGAAACGCCAUUGGAAAGAUUAGCUCGACUGAACAAACACAGAAAUUUAGAUACGAUGCUCGGUGAUCAAGACGACGAUAAACGGCAACCUCCUCUAAAUCCCUUGAGAAAGGCAAUUCGACGGCGCAACGGGAAAAAGGUUGAAUUUACCCAAGCAAACUCGUAUCUAGAACCUGAGGCAAUCGAAUACUCUUCCGAAGAGGAAGACGAUGAGACUGCUGAACAAACUGGUCAAGAUCCCGGCGAAGUCGAGGAGGUACAAAAGGAUCAAACGAAAGAACGAGAAAUCAAUGCGGCACCCGCAGCAACAGUUGCUAGAGAUGGCAAUACUAAUGGAAGACGCUCUGAACCGAGCAGACCCGAAGUUGAAGCUCGCAAUGGCGUCGAUCCUGGUAGUGGUGUCGAUCAAGUGCGAAACAGUGACGAGAGUUCUGACAGAGCGGACGACGGCAUGGCGAGCAAAUCACGCAAAGGAACGGUCCGAAACACCGAUUCGUUUUUCAAAGAUGAAAGCCUGGAGACGCGCAAAAUUAGUUUGACGCCGAGUCUACUUCGCGAAGAUUCGAGUGCGGGACCUCAACAAACACCCGAAGUUCAAGAAAUGAAGAUACGGGGGAGCCUCGAUUCGUUGGAAAAAGAUGAGCCUACUGGCAAAGCUGGGACCGAGAAGAGGAAAAAGGAGAAGAAAGGCAUGCUCGGUGGCAUGUUCAGACGAAAAGACAAGAAGAAGGGCCAAGACAAAGACACAGAUGACAUCGAGAAGACCUCUAGCGAGAUGUCAAGGAAAUCCCCUACCCCCAAGGAAUCGUUGGAAUCGAUGGAUAGCAAGCUCUCCUCUCCCCAUCGCCAAACUAGCAAGCUUCAGAAACAGCCACCAGCGAAACUAUCGCCAAAAAGCUCAUACACUACGCAAAACCAGAACAAUUCUCAGAGAUCAGUCUCAUCAGGUCCUUCAAAUCUCGCGCCAGAUCCGGAUCGGAGACCCACGAACGGUGGACCUGAUGGAUCGAUGCGACUUGUUUUGCCUGAAUCGCAGCCAUUGUUUGAUCACAUUCCUUCGCCAUUACAAUCCAAGUCACCCAACUCUCUACGAGAUGAGCGGGUCGAGGAUUUGAGUGAAGGAGGCCCCGUAGCAGAGCCCCUCAAGCUGACGGAAUCUCCCAGGGAGAAGAGUAGCAACAUGUUCAGCCCUGUCGUCAAUGCUUUAAGGCCAUCACCGUCAGAGCCAAAGCCCGUGAAGACCAAAAGAUCAAAAGAGCGUAUGCACAUGGACGAUUUCGAUUCAUCCUCGGCAUCCUCAGCCGAGCAGCAAAUGGAGCGCCCUGCACCUCACGAAAUUCAACAAGAGCCCGAGCCCGAGCGAGAACUAGUCUCUCAACCCUCAGACCACCACCUCAACGUCGCACAGGCCGCCCAGCACGAGACGCACCCACCAGCGUCAAAACCAGAGCCAAUAGAACGUCUUUCCGAAUCACCGGUCGAAGUCCCACCACCGAGCGCUCAGGAGCGCAGCACACCGCACCAACCUCCUCCUCUCAUAACCGACAACUCAUCUCAAGACGACGACCUGCCAUCUCCUAGCUCACCCUCGUCUUCACCAGAACUAAUCGAAGCACCGAUAUCAUCAAGUCACCAACCGCAACCUUCCGAAAUUACUACCACACCCACCAAGCGACAAAUAACAACCCAAGAUCUCGAUAGUUCGCCGGCCUCCCAGCCCUCCAUCAUUACAACUAACACGACCACUACGACGGAAGAGACACGCCGCAGCACGCCAACGUGGUCAGAUGCUUCUCUUCGCGCCUAUAUGGACGACGAUAGCGAGAUCCGAGAUCUACUAAUCAUCGUGCACGACAAGACAGGCGUGAUACCGAAGAGAGAUCAUCCUGUUGUUCAAGGGUUGUACAAGGAAGAGAACCAAAAAUUGGCGCAGAUUGAGAGGCAGCUUGAUGGGUUGUUGGGCGAUUUUCUGGCGAGGAAGAGUGGAAAGAUGAAGUAG